UGCACAUGGUUCACACGAUCAAAGAUGGGGAAUGUACUCGCGGCUUCACCGUCAAAACCCUCAUCUCCCAGCAAUGUUGCAUCGAUGCCGCCGCCGCCACCGCUUACGGCAGCUCCCCCUGUUGAACCAAAGCCGCAGCCGGAUGAAAAACCAUCCAAUAGCAACCCUGGAACGUAUGAAGAUCUACACAAGUCGUGUAAAGACGUCUUCCCUCAGCCGUUUGAGGGCUGUAAACUAGCUAUCAAUAAAGGCCUAAGCAACCACUUUCAAGUCAGCCACACCCUUCAGCUCAGUAGUAUGGGGCCAGGAGCAUAUCAUUUUGGAGCCACCUAUGUAGGAAAUAAGCAGACAGGGCCUAAUGAGGUGAUGAUGAUGAUGAUGAAGG